AUGUACGCUGACUUCGAUGCUCGCUUCCCCAUUAUCAUGCCAAGAAAUCAUCAUCUAACCUUGUUACUGCUAAACCACUAUCAUCGCCGAUAUGGUCACGCGAAUAGAGAAACUGUGGUGAACCAGGUUCGGCAGCGGUUCGAGAUUUCUAAUCUGCGUACUACGAUCGAUAAAGCAGUUAAAGGAUGUCAGUGGUGCAAAAUUAAGAAGUGCAAGCCGCAACCACCUAGAAUGGCGCCCCUACCGGAACAACGUUUGACACCGUACAUCCGUCCGUUUAGCUACGUGGGACUGGACUAUCUAGGGCCACUAGAGGUAGUUGUAGGAAGACGCAGGGAGAAACGUUAUGUGGCGGUCUUUACGUGUCUCGUGGUCCGCGCAGUCCACCUCGAGGUAGCAUAUGACCUGUCUACACCGUCCUGCAUAAUGGCAAUUCGGCGGUUUGUUCGGAGGAGAGGAUCCCCAGUAGAAAUUUUUUCUGAUAAUGGGACCAAUUUUGUCGGCGCCAGUCGGAUAUUAGCGGAGCAAAUAAGAAGAAUCAAUCUGGACUGUGCAGACACAUUCACGGACGCCAAAACCAAAUGGACCUUCAAUCCUCCUGGUGCGCCCCAUAUGGGUGGCGUCUGGGAGCGCAUGGUCAGAAGCGUAAAGGAAGCAAUGCGGGCAUUGGACGACGGCAGGAAACUCGAUGAUGAAGUUUUGGUAACCGUUCUGGCUGAAGCAGAAAGUUUCAUCAAUUCACGACCCCUUACAUAUAUGCCACAAGAGUCGGGAGGUACUGAGGCAUUAACCCCGAACCAUUUUAUCUUCGGGAAUUCAUCCGGUGCCCACAAUCCACUAAGGACUCCAGUGGACUUAGCUGAAGCACUUCGCAACAGUUACAUGCGGUCUCAGUAUCUAUCCGAUACCAUGUGGGACCGCUGGCUGAAGGAGUAUUUCCCUGCAAUGAACAAAAGGUCGAAAUGGUUUUGCGACACCAAGCCGGUGGAAGUCGGCGAUUUGGUCUACGUAACGGAAGGCAAAAGGAGGACUUGGGUUCGUGGUAAGGUUGAAGAGCUUAUUAUCAACAAGGACGGGAGGGUACGUCAGGUCAUGGUGAAGACUGCUUCAGGUACGUUUAAACGACCAGUAGUGAAACUGGCAGUAAUGGAGAUUUUGGACGACUGUGAAUCCAGAGCUAACCGUCGGGAAAUACCACCGGAUUCACGGGGAGGGGCAUGUUAUGGCAACACUGAAAACCCUCUCUCGCCUACCGAACCUGGAGCUCAAGCUUUAGGUGACACUUCUCGUGAGUGA